AUGUCGAAUUACAACGACGACAACCUCGCCUACGGCGAUUACCACGAUGAAGGGCAGCAAGGCGAAGGAGAGAGGGGCAUCAUCGGGGACGUCACGAAGCGCUUCUUUGGCAGAAAGCCUCAAGCUCAGCAAUCGGACGUCACUCAAACCUAUCAACCUCAUCUCCAAGGUCAAUCGCCUCAAGGCCAGCCACCACCUACCUCAGGGUCCUCUGCCGGCGGAAUGUCAUUCGUAUUCGAUAAAUUGCACUCCUCGAUACAUGCCAUCGGCAAAGAAGUCAAGAACCGAAUGUCUGCUCCCGGGGACAGUCAUAGUCACACCCACGAAGCCGGCGUCUGUAGCGAAGGCACACAUGAUGAACAUCAAGACCAUCGGUUCCUGAGCUUUGCACCGCAACGAGCAAUUGGAAAUGAUAUAAAGUGGUAUGUGGAUGCCUGUGGGUAUAUGUGGGCAGUGUCAAUCGCCCUAGAGCGGGCAAAGGAAUCUAUCUGGAUUCUUGACUGGUGGCUGUCGCCAGAAUUGUAUCUUCGAAGACCUCCUGCCGCGCAUGAGCAAUAUCGUCUCGACCGGAUGCUGGGAGCUGCAGCUGCACGAGGCGUCAAAGUCAACAUUAUUGUGUACAAAGAGGUCACACAAGCCCUUACUCGUAAGUUGAUAAAUCCAACAAUACCCGAUUACCUCCACUCCCUUCUCCCUGAGACAACCGAUCCGAUCACAAGGUUCCUCACAAGAGCGGGCCUACACGUUACAUUCAAAUCGCUCGAGAAAGUAGAAGAGGAGAGUCCACUAAUCGCGCCUCCUAUAUUAGUUUGUUCGGCACACACCAAGCAUGCUUUGGAGGCUCUUCAUCCCAAUAUUGCCGUCUUCCGCCAUCCCGACCAUCUACCUGACCGUCAGAAUCUCACAUCAUCUUUCAUUACAUCCAUGCAGAACAUGAACUUCUCUACUGCAUCCUUAGCGAAGCUGCCUGUGGAUAGCUUAAAAGCCAUAUACGGUAUGAACGACGAUUCAGUUCUUUACUGGGCCCACCACGAAAAGCUUUGCCUAGUCGAUGGACAGAUCACCUUCAUGGGCGGUCUAGAUCUCUGCUACGGCCGAUGGGAUACCAAUCAACAUUCCAUUGCCGAUGCCCACCCAGGAAAUCUGGACGACAUCGUAUUCCCCGGACAAGACUACAACAAUGCGAGAAUAAUGGACUUCCAGGAUGUCUAUCACUGGCAGAAUAACAAACUGGAUAGGACGACGAGCUCUCGAAUGGGUUGGUCAGACGUCUCGCUCUCACUUAGCGGCCCAGUAGUCAAGGACUUGCAGACUCAUUUUACACAGCGGUGGAAUUUCAUCUACGACGAGAAGUACACUGUACGAAAAGACGUUAGAUACUCCAAGUUCCCCAUCACUGGAGAUCUCUCAACCGCUGGAUAUCCAUCUUCACAGCCAUCAAGAGGCAUCGAAGAGGGCGACCGUGGAUUAGAGUAUGGCAACGAGGGAGAACGAGGAUUCUCCGGUGGCGAUGACGGCGCUGAGUCGGGCAGGUUUCGACAUCAAUUCUUCGACAAGGUUGGAGAGGGAAUGCGGCGGCUCGAUCAACGAUAUGGUCAGCACGGCGGCUACCAAGGCCAACAAAGCUAUCAGGGGUCACAACAAGGUGGCGUUUCUUGUCAGCUCACCAGAAGCUGUGCUAAGUGGAGUCAUGGUGUUGCUGUUGAGCACUCGAUCGCCAACGCUUAUAUCGAGAUCAUAAGAAAUAGCCAGCACUUCGUUUACAUCGAGAACCAAUUCUUCAUUACCGCCACCGUCGAUAAUCAGAAGCCGAUCAAGAACAAAAUUGCCGCUGUCAUUGUCGAGCGCAUCAUUCGUGCAGCAAGAAACGGCGAGAAUUACAAGAUGAUGGUCAUGAUUCCAGCCAUCCCAGCUUUUGCAGGCGAUCUCAAGACAGAAGAAGCACUGAGCACUCGCGCGAUCAUGGAGUUCCAGUACGACUCUAUCAACCGAGGUGGACACAGCAUCUACGAGAGCAUUGCUCGCGAAGGCAUCAACCCCAUGGACUACAUCCGCUUCUACAAUCUACGCAGCUACGAUCGAAUCAACGCUAGCGGGGCUAUGCGCGAAGCAGAGAAGCAGAGUGGUGUGUCUUACGAAGAAGCCCGUAGUCAGCAUGACGUCGCGGUUGGCGGUGUAUAUGAUGGGGAGAAGGGUCAGGAAUAUCAGGCCUACCAACCCCCUGGAUCCCAGCCCCCGCCAUCAUUGCCAGUCUACGAGAUGGAUGCUGGCUAUGGCCAACCUCCAGCGCCAGUUCCCACAGGCGCCUACCAGCAAUACCAGCAACAAGGAGCCGCCAAGGUCGGUGGGCCUAUGGGAAGUGGUCGCUGGGACUCUGUCAGCGAAUGCUAUAUGCUCGGCGGCGAAGACAUCAGGAACGUCCCUUGGGAAGGCGGCGGGAUGGACGAAAUUGACGCCUUCGUCAGCGAAGAGCUCUACAUCCACAGCAAACUCCUCAUCGCCGACGACCGUAUCGUAAUCUGCGGCUCCGCCAACCUAAACGACCGCUCCCAACUCGGCGACCACGACUCCGAAAUCGCCCUCAUCAUCGAAGACCCCGCGCCCGUCGACUCCUACAUGGGCGGCCAGCCCUUCCGCGCCUCCAAAUUCGCCUCCUCGCUCCGCCGCCAGCUCUUCCGCAAGCACCUCGGCCUCCUGAGACCCCAGGUCAUCGACCGCCCCGACGCGAACUUCGAGCCCAUCGGCGUCCCGAACGCUUACGACUGGGGCUCGCCCGAGGACAUCCAGGUUAUCGACCCUAUCUCGGAGGAUUUCCAGGCGACCUGGAACUACCGCGCGAAGACGAACACGGACGCGUUUGCGCGGCUGUUCCACCCGGUGCCGUUUGAUGGGGUGAAGAACUGGAAGCAGUACGAUGACUACUACGAGCGAUUCUUUGCACAGGACGUGAAGGAGAAGGAGAACAAGAAGCCAUCGCUGUACAAGUGGGGGCAUGUGGUUGCGGAGGAGUUUUCCGCUGGGGAGCAAGGGCUGCGGGAGGUAAAGGAGGUACUGAGUACGAUUAAGGGGACGUUGGUGGAGAUGCCGUUGUUGUUUUUGAAGGAAGAGGAUAUUGCGAAGGAGGGGUUGGGCCUGAAUGCUUUUACAGAGGAAGUGUAUACUUAA